AUGUCAAGUGAUACAAGGCCGAUUUCGACACCGAUAGCCGAGGAUUUCAAGGCAUCAGAUCCAGAGUCCUCGCUACACCUCGAAGAUGUGACGAAGAAUAGCCCCUCCGAGCAACCAGCGCCUCCCGACGCACCUUGCAACUGGCCAAAAUGGAAGAAGAACAUGCAGAUUGCCAUGGUGGCUUUCCAUUCUAUGAUGUCGACCUUCAUGGCAGCAGGCAUCGUCCCGGCAUACGACAUCAUGUCCGAGAGGUACGGAGUCAACAUGACCGAAGUCAGCUACCUCACUUCGAUUCAGAUUCUGCUCCUGGGAAUCUGUCCCUUCUUCUGGAAACCACUGAGCUCCAUCUACGGCCGAUAUCCCAUCAUGUUGCUGUCCGUGUUCGGAAGCAUGGUUUGCAAUAUCGGUGGUGUGUUCUGCACCACGUAUGGAACACAGAUGGCUACUCGUGUGCUCACUGCCGUUCUUAUCUCCCCUCCUAUUGGUAUCGGCAGUGGCGUCGUUACGGAAUUGUGCGAGCCAGAAGAGCGCGCACAGAAGCUCGGCUGGUGGACGCUGAUGACUACCAUCGGCACCCCGGCCGGCCCGUUUAUCAUGGGCUUUGUGAUUGAGCACAUCGGCCUGCAGUGGGUGUUUUGGAUCUUCACCAUUCUCAACUUCGUCCAGUUUGUCGCCUAUAUCGUCUUUGGUGACGAAACCAUAUACGUCUCUGCAGAGGAUGGAGGAAACACCCCAACCAAGGACAACAGCAGCUUCCUGACGCGACUGAUGCCCCGACGAAUCAACCCUCGUCCGCUCAAGCCGAUCGAGUUCAUCGAGCCUCUCUUCAUGGCGCGCCACCCCCGCGUGCUGAUUGCCGCCUGCGCCCACGCCGUCACCUUUUGCUAUGGAAACAUCGCUAUUGUCGUCGAGAUGCCCACGGCCUUUGGCCAGAAAUUCGACUUUGGCCCCCAGCAGAUCGGCCUGCAGUACAUUGCCAUUAUCAUCGGUUGUGUCCUGGGCGAGCAGCUGAGUGGUCCGAUGUCCGACUGGUGGCUCAAGUUCCUCCUUCGCAGACGCGGCCACACCUGUCCGGCCGACCGUCUGUGGAUUUCAUACAUUGGCUACGGCACCGUAAUCGCCGGACUGUUGACCUGGGGCUUUCAACUGCAAAAAGCGUCUGAAAUAUGGAAUGUGACCCCUUGCGUGGGAGCGGCCGUUGCCAGUUUCGGUAACCAGAUGCUCACCACCAUCCUGACUUCUUUCGCUGUCGACAGCUACAAGGAGAUGUCCACAACUGUUGGUGUUUUUGUCAACAUCUGCCGACAGAUUUUUGGAUUCAUCGGUCCGUUCUACUUCAUCCCCUUGUUCGAAGCACUGGGACUCGACGGCGCCGCUGGUGUAUUUGUUGCAAUUAUUGGUGCUUGCUCGCUGAUUCCGAUCAUCUGUAUACAAUUCGUCUCCCUCCGGAAGGAUAAUAAAGCUGUGUAUUAG